GGUGGGGGCAAUGGGCGAAGGAUUUAAGCCAAGAAUUCAUAACACUGUUGAUUGAUUUCUUGGUCACUGCUCGCCGUGAUCAAAGUAAAACACCUCUAGAAUGUGGUCACUGGAAAUCAUUUGUUUUCUUUUGUAUUUUGUACCCAGUUACCAACAGUUCCCCCGACAAUGUGCAACUCAGGAUGCCCUACGCACCAAAGAGUGCUGCCCGCCUUGGGAAGGAGACGGCUCGGCCUGCGGUGCCAACUCGGGCCGGGGCACCUGCGAGGAUGUGGCGGUCUCCGUCCAGCCCGACGGGCCGCAGUACCCUUUCUCUGGGUUGGACGACAGAGAAAAGUGGCCCUUGGUUUUCUACAACCGCACAUGCCAGUGUGCUGGGAACUUCAUGGGUUUCAACUGUGGAGACUGCAAGUUCGGCUACUUUGGUGAGAAAUGUAACCAGAGGAGAGAGUAUCUGAGGAGGAACAUAUUUCACCUGUCCAGGGCAGAAAGAAUUAGAUUUGUGUCUUACUUGAACUUAGCCAAGCAGACAGUCAGUAGAGACUAUGUUGUGGUCACGGGGACCUACGAGGAGAUGCAGAACGGCUCCAGCCCGAUGUUCGCUGAGGUCUCUGUGUACGACGUGUUUGUGUGGAUGCAUUAUUAUGUGUCUCGGAAUGCGCUCUUAGGCGGCCCGGGGAAUGUGUGGCCCGAUGUGGACUUUGGCCACUGGGCGCCCGCAUUUCUCCCGUGGCACCGCGCGUACUUGCUCCACUGGGAGCACGAGAUCAGGAAGCUGACUGGAGACAUGACCUUCACCGUCCCGUACUGGGACUGGAGGGAUGCCCAGAGCUGUGAGGUGUGCACGGACGAGCUGAUGGGGGACCGGAGCCCACAGGAUCCCAAUCUUAUCAGCCCGGGCUCGGUCUUCUCUUCUUGGAGGGUGCUGUGCUCCCAAUCCGAGACCUACAACGAGAGAGGCGUGCUGUGCGACGCCAGGGCUGAAGGCCCCUUGCGUCGUAACCCUGGAAACCACGAUCGCAAUUUGGCGGAACGAAUACCAACUUCAGCAGAGGUGGAGUUCACCCUCAGCCUGCCCAACUAUGACACCGGAGCGAUGGACCGCAGUGCCAACAUGAGCUUCAGAAACACUCUGGAAGGAUUUGGAGACCCUCAGACUGGGUUGGGAAACAGCUCUCAUUUGGGCAUGCAUGCUUCUCUACACGUGUACAUGAAUGGAUCCAUGUCUUCAGUGCAGGGCUCUGCGAAUGAUCCCAUAUUUAUGCUUCAUCAUGCUUUCGUUGACUGCAUUUAUGAGCAGUGGCUCAGGAGGCACAGACCAUCUCCAUCCCAGUAUCCGGAGUCGAAUGCUCCGAUAGGGCACAACAGUGAAUACCACAUGGCGCCGUUCCUACCUCUGCACAGAAACAGAGAGUUCUUCAUCUCCAGCAAAGACCUGGGAUACGAUUACACCCACCUGCUAGAUACUAGUCAAAGGCUAGCAGAAUCCAUGCACCCUUUCCUCGAGGAGAUGCAGGACGUGUGGCCGUGGCUGCUUGUUGCGGGGCUGUGUGGAGGAAUCUUGACAAUGGCCACGGCUGCUGCUGUCGUAGGUGUAAAACAGCGGUACAAAGGAUCACCUUGGCUGCAUGUGAAAAAGUGGAAAAAUGCAUUUGCUCUUUCUGAGAGACAACCGCUUAUCUGGAACAAUGAAAAUGGGGAAACCAACCAACUUAAAUACCAAACAACUAUGUGAAGGCACAGCCUGUGCAGAGAUAGAUACUCAUCUAUGGAUUUUAAGAUCGAAGCACUGUGAAUUAUAUACUAACUGACAAAGUUCUGUAUCAUCUAAUAAUAAAUAUUGAACUAUAUUACAAAUGUGAA